AUGUCCACGCAUACAGCAUACACGGCUGUGGCCGCACGUAAAAGCCUGAAUCGUCCAGCUAUGCAGUCACAUACACCUAACGGUAAAAUGGCCGCAAGUAAUGAGAGUCAAACGACGACCAAAACAAAAAAGAUAGACUGGCCGAUGGGAGUUCGGCUGUAUGUACAACGAUCCUUUGUCCCAGAGAAUAACAUUCCCGGCAUUGAAAAGACGGAUAUGGAAAAGAAGUUGAAAGAGGUCAUAACCCAAGCCGCUGAGCACGACACUUUGAACUCGAUCGACUGGGACACACUACCGUUGCCGCAGCAAAUGAUACAGAGUGAGAGGGCAAAGCUAGCCUCGUCAUCAGCGGCGCCUCACUGGAGCCAGAGCUUUUCUGCUCUGUUCGUAAAAGACUCCGAAAAAGAGAAAACUUCAAAGAAGCGGAAAUCGGCCGAAACGACAACAUUACCAGUUGCGCAGGAAAGCUUGCCCCCCUGGCGUAAGACUAACGCUCGUAACAAUGCCUUUGAAGAUCGUAUUUCGCACCCUAAGGUACCAUCAGUUGACAGGGGUGAUAAGCGCCAGCGCAAAUUCGAGGAAGAUUUUAGCCGGAACGAUCCAAGUAAGUCUGACAUUAAUCUGGAAAAACGAAGGCGGCGUUUUGAAGGCGUACGACUUGGCGCCGAAUAUACUCGAGCCUCCAGCCGUGAGGACUCUGCGACGUCAGAAGGAGAGGCAGGACCAGUCGUCGGGCGAUGCCAGCAGCUCGAAAAAAAAUAUUUCAGACUUACUGCUGCCCCCAACCCGGACAGCGUGCGACCUCUUGAUGUCUUGGAACGGACACUUGAAAUGUUGAAAAGGAAAUGGCGGAAGGAGAACAACUAUUCUUAUAUUUGCGACCAGUUCAAAUCACUUCGGCAAGAUCUUACUGUUCAGCAUAUUAAGAAUGAAUUCACAGUCAAGGUCUAUGAGAUUCACGCGAGGAUUGCCUUGGAGAAGGGGGAUAUUGGUGAGUAUAAUCAGUGCCAGACACAACUGCGAGGAUUGUAUGCGCAAAACCUCGGCGGUAAUCCGGUAGAGUUCAAGGCAUACCGUAUACUUUAUUUUAUUCAUACUUGUAACCGGACCGAUAUGAAUGAGGUCCUGGCAGAUCUAACCGCAACAGAGAAGCAACAACCGGCCAUCAAGCAUGCUCUAGAUGUCCGCUCGGCCUUGGCGUUGGGGAACUAUCAUCGGUUCUUUCAAUUAUAUCUCAACACACCAAACAUGGGCGCUUACCUGAUGGACAUGUUCAUUGUUCGCGAGCGUCUCUUGGCUCUGGCCAAUAUCUGUAAAGCUUAUCGACCUGACGUCAAACUCCGAUUCAUUACUGAAGAACUUGGUUUUGAGUCCGACGGCGAGACUGUGCAAUUCUUCGUAGAACACGACGCCCAGCAUCUAUUAGAAGAGCGAGAAGACGGUGUUCGCUUGCUAACAGGCAAAGCUGGCGCACUCUUUGAAGUUGCAAAAAGUGUUGCAUUCAAGCGAGUUGAUAUCAAGGGCCAGAUCUGA